GCAGCCAAGUGUCAAGUGAGGAAGUGACAAGUGUGACCUGUUCCCUUUGUCACAUCUUCUCACAUAGAAUUCUAGUUAAGAAAGGAACUUGUUGAAGGGACAACCACAUUCUGACACGGUGAGUGCAACAUGGCUUGUUCAGAUGUUAAAAUGGCGAUCCAAGAAGAUGAGCAAGGCCUGUGUACAGACGACGACAAAUUGCCGAGGCUGGUACGUUACCAAGCCACAAAGGUUGGAGAGGAUGAGACCGAGGUUUUGCAUGACCUGCUGCAGAUGAAAACUGCUGUGUUCGGGUCCCUGCAGGUUGUCAGUGGACUGCUCAGUGUUGGAAUUGGUCUUACGAUGGCUGUAAGCCUGAUGAUCAAUGAGUCGCUUGUCACGCUCUUCAGAGUUGCUCACAUGACCGGGAUGCUCUUCAUUAUUGCAGGAGUUGUCUCCAGCGUAACGAUAAGAUAUCCUUUUUUAAUAACUGUGUCCCUCGUGAUCAACAAAGCGUGUAUCGUUUUUGGAAUAGUCGCUGUUGGUUUGAUUACCACUGACCUGAUACAAUGGACUCAUCAAGGAAAUUAUUUGAUGAUGGUGCUGAUGGAACUUUGCAUUUUGGGAUUUCAGCUUUUGCUCAGUGUAAUUCUCUGCAUGCGUCUCUCCAAAGUGAAAUGCGGCGCAUUGUGA